CUGUUCCAGCGCUAACGGCCAGCUAACAAGCAGCUAACAAGCAGCUAAACGGAGAAGAACAAGCAGCGUCGACAGUCACAGGGAACCGAGAGCCGACGUUGCUUCAGUGUUCAACGCGGACGAGAGAAAAACGCGCUGAAAACUGUAAUAAGCAACAAUGGAAGACUACCUUAAAAUAGAGAAAAUCGGAGAAGGUACCUAUGGUGUGGUGUACAAGGGCAGGCACAAGUCCACAGGACAGAUCGUGGCCAUGAAGAAGAUCCGUCUUGAGAACGAGGAGGAGGGCGUUCCAAGUACUGCAGUCAGAGAAGUGUGUCUGCUCCAGGAGCUGAAACAUCCAAAUGUGGUCAGACUCCUGGACGUCCUGAUGCAGGAGUCUCGUCUUUAUCUCAUCUUUGAGUUCCUGUCGAUGGACCUGAAGAAGUUUCUGGACUCCACUCCUUCCAGCCAAUACUUAGACCCGAUGUUAGUCAAGAGCUACCUCUACCAGAUCUUGGAGGGAAUAUACUUCUGCCACUGUCACCGUGUCCUUCACCGGGACCUGAAACCACAGAACCUGCUGAUCGACAACAAGGGCGUCAUCAAACUGGCAGACUUUGGCCUGGCCCGAGCUUUUGGUGUUCCUGUCAGGGUCUACACCCACGAGGUUGUGACGUUAUGGUAUCGGGCCCCUGAGGUUCUGCUUGGGUCGCCUCGCUAUUCCACCCCCGUGGACGUCUGGAGCACUGGGACCAUCUUUGCUGAACUGGCCACCAAGAAGCCACUGUUCCACGGAGACUCUGAAAUAGACCAGCUCUUCAGGAUCUUCAGGACUCUAGGAACCCCAAACAAUGAUGUGUGGCCUGAGGUGGAGACUUUUCCAGAUUACAAAAACACUUUUCCAAAGUGGAACCCCGGCAGCCUGUCGUCCAUGGUGAAGAACUUGGACAAGAACGGCCUGGACCUGUUAGCAAAAAUGCUGAUCUACAAUCCGUCCAGAAGGAUCUCUGCCCGGGAGGCCAUGACUCAUGUGUACUUUGACGACCUGGACAAGUCCACUCUGCCCACUGCUACCAUCUAGUGGAGAACUGCUGCCAGUGUAAAUAUGUUUGUGUUUAACUCCUGCAGACGUUGGCUUAUGUUCGUCUCACAUCUGUUUCAUAUAAUCAAACUUCUCUAUUUGUAGUCUUUCAAACCCGUGCUUUUUGAUUUUCUUGUUUGUGUCUGUGGGGGGAGGGGGGGCUCUUUUUUCAGUUUUUGUUUUUACUUUUCAUUGUUGCAGGAAAAAUAUACAUAAUAUAUAUUUCUGUGAAAUUGUUUGUUAACAGAUUGAUUACCUCUUCCUAAAAUAAAGCAUUUGUGAAAUGUUA